AGAGAGAGGGGGGAGAGAGAGAGAGAGAGAGAGAGAGAGAGAGAGAGAGAGAGAGAGAGAGAGAGAGAGAGAGGAGAUAGCAGAGGUAUUCAAGGUUUUCCACCAGAGAAGUUUGACAGCGAAAACAGAGAAACCCCCUAACCUGGAAAGGGUCCGGCCCUGACCUCCGGGAACACCCGGGCUCACACACUGCCCCUCCUCCCACGCACGCUAGCAGGCGUAAACAGACAGCAACACAGCGGACGUUAGCUGGUUGAACAGACAGGAACACAGCGGACGUUAGCUGGUUGAACAGGAAGCGGAUGAUGUUUGACCUUUGACCUAUCCCCUGCCUCCCCCCACCUCCCCCCCCCCCCGGUCCCACCUCCCCCCCCGACCGUAGAGAUGUCCUCCCUGUUGGAUGGGGCUGGUCUGGGGCUGGUGCUGGUGGAGUUCCAGUAUGAGUACCAGGACCGAGACGGGGCGUGGGUGUCCAUCCAGCCCAACGAGCGCUACGCGCUGCUGGCCAAGACCAACGCCCACUGGUGGCAGGUGCGGCGCCGCCCCGACACCAAGCCCUUCUACAUCCCCGCCAAGUACGUCCGCGAGCUGCCCCCCGCCAUGCCCUCCCCCCUGGACUUCGUCUCCCCCCCUACCAAGGCCCUCCCCCCUCCCGUCCUCCCGGUCCCGGCCCUCCUCCUCCCCCCCUCCUCCUCCUUCCCCUCCUCCUCCCCCUCCUCCCUGAAGGGGGUGGAGCCGGUCGCCGCCGACCCCCGGCCGGGCGACGAGGUCGCCAUCCGCCUCCGGCCCUCCGGCGCCGCCCACCGCCGGACGGAGAACCGCCUGUCCACCUUCGGGGGUCUGGAGUCCACAGACCCCCUCCCCUCCCUCCCCUCCCUCCCCUCCCUCCCCUCCUUCCUCAGCCCCCCCAGGACCCUCGCGGGCGACCCCCCCCCCGUGGGGAGGAGGGGCGCUGGGCUGGGACGCCCGCAGGAGGACAAACCCCGCGUCCCCAGCUUCAGCCCUGCCGACCCCCUCAACCCCCCCCGCCCCCACCUGCCCAUCGCCGUGGAGACGCCGGUGGUUCCUUCACUCAUCGCCGUAGCAACGCCGGUGGUUCCUCCGCCCAUCGCCGUAGAGACGCCGGUGGUUCCUCCGCCCAUCGCCGUAGAGACGCCGUUGGUUCCUCCACCCAUCGCCGUAGAAACGCCGAUGGUUCCUCCACCCAUCACCGUAGAAACGCCGGUGGUUCCUCCACCCGUCGUCGUAGAAACGCCGGUGGUUCCUCCACCCGUCGUCGUAGAGACGCCGGUGGUUCCUCCACCCGUCGUCGUAGAGACGCCGGUGGUUCCUCCACCCAUCGCCGUAGAAACGCCACCAACGAAGCAGGAGGAGAAGGAGGAGUGGCCACAGGUGGAGGAGCAGGAGGCUGGGCUGAAGCGCAGGAGAGGAGGAGAAGACGGUCAUCACAUCUAUGAAUCCAUCCAGGACCUCAACCUGGACCUGGACGCCCUGCGGCGCGACAUCGAGGGAACUCUGGGAAAGGAAGUCUUUAUGACCGCGAGCCAGAAGGCCAUCGUACAGCCUCCCCAUACUCAGCCCCCUCUUCCAGAGGAAGACUAUCCAGUGGAGGGAGAGAGAGAAACACGGGUUCAUCAGCUGGAGAAAGCUGGUGUCCUGAACAAGACCAAAGUAGUAGAUGGAGGAAAGAGGAUCAGGAAGAACUGGGCUCCAUCUUGGACCGUCCUGCACGGGGGAAUCCUGACCUUCCACCGAGACCCCAGAACAUCCAACCCCAGCAACUCUGGUAAAACCAGCCAGAUCGUUCCAGAGUACACGGUGGAUCUGAGAGGCUCCUCCCUGUCCUGGGCCAACAAGGACAAGUCCUCCAAGAAGAACGUUCUAGAGCUGAGGACGAGGCAGGGCUGUGAGUACCUGGUCCAGUACGACACCGACAGCAUCAUCCUGGACUGGCACAAGGUCAUCAUGGACGCCAUCCAGCAGCUGCAGGAACCGGACCGUCUUUCUGAAGAAGAAGAUGAGGAGGGAGAGGAAGAAAUCAGGACCGCAGGACAGACGGUCCGGCCGGGGGAGACGGACCACGGCCGAGUUCGGGUCAAGCUGAGACGUUUCCUCCAGCGGAGACCGACCCUGCAGAGCGUCAAGGAGAAGGGCUACAUCCGCGACAACGUGUUUGGCUGCCAUCUGGACACUCUGUGCCACAGAGAAAACUGCACCGUGCCCAAGUUCCUGGACAAGUGCAUCAGAGCGGUGGAGAGGAGAGGUCUAGAUGUGGACGGGAUCUACAGGGUCAGUGGGAACCUGGCCGUCAUCCAGAGACUACGACACAAAGCAGACCACGAGGACGGUCUGGACCUGGACGACGGCCAGUGGGACGAGGUCCAUGUUGUGACCGGAGCGUUGAAGCUCUUCCUCCGGGAGCUUCCGGAGCCCCUCUUCCCCUUCGCCUCCUUCCACAAGUUCAUCGCAGCGAUACAGGAGCCCGACUACAGCCAGAAGGUCUCCUUCAUGAAGGACCUGAUCGACGGCCUCCCGCUGCCCAACCAUCACACCAUGGCAGCCCUGUUCCGGCACCUCCUCAAGGUGAUCGAGCAUGGGGAGUUCAACAGGAUGUCAGUUCCCAGCGUCUCCAUCGUGUUCGGACCCACAUUGCUCCGGCCCCAGGUCGAGUCGGCCGUCCACUUCACCGUCCACAUGGUCUUCCAGUCCCGGAUCGUGGAGCUCAUCCUGAACGAGUUUCACACGCUAUUCCCUUCCCACUAGGAACUUCUGAGAAGGUCUCAGACCCUCCCAGAAUGGGCUAACACCUCCCUGACCCUCCUCAAACUAUCUAGAGCCUCCCAGACCCUUCUAGAAGCUCCCAUACCUUCUUACAACCUCUCAGACCCUUCUAGAAGCUCCCAUACCUUCUUACAACCACUCAGACCCUUCUAGAAGCUCCCAUACCUUCUAACAACCUCCCAGACCCUUCUAGAACCCCCCAGACCCUUCUAGAAGCUCCCAGACCCUUCUAGAUCCACCCAUAACCUCCAGCUCUUUCCUAACAGGACCCGUUAGCCCCUCUAGGACCCACUAGAGCAGGACCCACCAGCUAGUCCCAUCGCUUUUUAAUUCAUCGUUAUCUCGACGGGUAGAUCUGAACAUCAACUGGAAGGGUAGAUCUGAACAUUACCUGUACAGGUAGAUCUGAGAGUUACCUGGACAGGUAGAUCUGAGAGUUACCUGGACAGGUAGAUCUGAGAGUUACCUGGACAGGUAGAUCUGAGAGUUACCUGGACAGGUAAAUCUGAGAGUUACCUGGACAGGUAAAUCUGAGAGUUACCUGGACAGGUAGAUCUUACCUGGACAGGUAGAUCUGAGAGUUACCUGUACAGGUUGAUCUGAGAGAUACCUGGAUAGAUAGAUCUGAUCUAGACGGUUUACACUCAGUCCAAACCAAUUCAUAAAUAGUAUUAAUAAUGAGAACCACCUUUGUCUCAAACUCCAACAAUAGUAAAGAUGAUGAUGUACAGAGUAUUUUAGUGGUGUUAAUAAUAAAAUAAAUGUCUUAAUCAGCA